AUGAAUGAUUAUAGUAGAUCAACCAACCACCAACCACCAGCCACUACUACUACUACGACAGCGAUGAUGACAACUAGAGUCACUCUAUUUAAAAGUUUAAUUGGGUCAACAUAUAUUAGACAAAAGAUAUUCAAACAUGUACGAGAAAUAGGCAUAAGCAACAUGAUUUAUAGAGGUACAAGUACAAGUACAACACCACUUUGUGGAAGAGAUAUCAUCAAGUUAUCUCAUCUUGAAAUGAUAUCAAAGUAUGGGAUGUCACGGGACUUUAUAAAACAUUAUCUACCCAACAAAGAUCAAGUAUUGAUAAAGAGAAGAUGGUAUGUCAUUAGUCGGUAUUGUUCACACCCAAAUGCAACAUUGGAUACAUUAUUACAUCUAUUGGAAUGGUCACCUGAAUAUGAUCCACAAGAUCAAGUAGAGUAUUGUCAUCAAGAUUUAGUUUAUAAUGUUGCAUCAAGAGGACAUAGAGAUAUACUAGAAUUACUGUUAAAAAGGUAUCCAAAUAUCAUUAACUACAUUGAUAGAAUCCAAACGUACAGCCCGAAACGUAAUACAGUAUUGGAUAUUGCAGCAUUUAAUGGAUACCUUUCAACAAUUCAACUAUUAUCAUCGAUUAAACAAGUAAAGGGUGCCACCAAAGCGAUUGAUUGGGCAUCAGAGAAUGGUCACUAUGAAGUUGUAAUAUAUCUUUCGCAAAAUCGAAGUGAAGGAUGCACAACUGAAGCCAUUAAUUGGGCUUCAAGGAAUGGUCAUUUGGAUAUCGUCAAAUAUUUAAGUAGUCAUCGCAGUGAAGGAUGCACAACUGAUGCUUUUGAUGGAGCAGCAGAGAGAGGCCAAUUACACGUUUUAAAGUGGUUGCAUGAGAAUCGUAGUGAAGGAGGUACAAGUACAGCUAUGGAUAGGGCAUGUGCGUAUGGGUAUUUUGAAGUAGUUCAAUGGUUAUAUCAAAAUGGGUAUAGAGAAUGUACAACUAGUGCUAUGGAUAGAGCAGCAGAAAAUGGACAUCUAAAUAUUAUACAAUAUCUAAACACCAAUACAACUAAAGGAUGCACAGCAUAUGCUCUAAACUAUGCAAAGAAUAUAAAUAUAUUCCAAUUCCUUCAUGAAAAUGGUAAGAUAUGUACAAACCAAGCAAUGGAUAAUCAUGCAUUAAAAGGUGACUUGGAUAUUGUAAAGUUUAUUCAUUUUAAUUGUACUGAAGGUGGUACAGAAAAAUGUAUCAUUAAUGCUUGUAAAAGUGGUAAUAUUGAUUUGAUAAAGGUAUGCGAUAUGAAAGAAGUAUGUUCAACCUUUGCAGUUGACGCUGCUAUGCAAAAGAAUUGUAGUUUGGAGAUUAUUAAAUACUUGGAUAAAGAAUGUAAUUUGAGUGGUUUGUCAGGUGCAAUUAAAAAUGGUAGAUUGGAUAUUAUUCAAUAUCUUCAUCAAAGAUUCCCAAAAUCUCCUCGAAUUUGGACAAACUCAGUUUUAAAAGUGGCAUCUAGAUAUGGUCAAUUGGAUAUUGUAAAGUUUCUUCAUGAAAAUAGAACAGAAAAAUAUAAUACCAAUGAUAUGGAUUUGGCAGCCAAAUAUAAUCAUCUUGAUGUUGUUAAAGUAUGUCGUGUAUUUUUACAUUUUAAUCGUACCAAAGGUUGUAGCUACAAGGCUAUUGAUUGGACAUCAGAUAUAGAAGUGGUCAAGUUUCUACAUUUUAAUCGAACAGAAGGAUGUAGUACUGAUGCUAUGGAUAAUGCAGCACGAAACAAUAAUUUGGAAUUGAUUAAAUUUCUACAUCAAAAUCGUAGUGAAGGUUGCACUGAUCAAGCUCUUUGGGGUUCCAAAAACCACCCCGAUAUCUACCAUUACCUAUUGUCAAACAAAAUAAUACCUGUGGAAUUAAUUAAAAAGGGACGUCCUAUAACAAUACAAUAUGAAGAAGAUUGUUUUGAAAUUAUUGACCUCGUCAAUAAAUAUUAUUGCAUUUAG